GCUCCUUGAAUAUAAUCCCAGCUGUCUUGUACCCAGUCGUUGCCCUUGUCUUAGUAAUACGACUUUUAAAAAUGAGAAAGGAUAGAAAAAAUGUGAUAAGUCGACGACAGAAUGUUAAAAAGUGAGUAGUACAUUUUAUACUUCUGGUUCAUCCUUUUUCCUACAGAGAGCACACGACAACUCUAGUCAUCCUAUUAUCAAUUACAUUCUUCAUAUCUCAAUUGCCUUCUGGAAUAUUCCUAUGGCUUGGAAAUCUCUACAAGUUCAACAUUGUAGUCAGAAGUAUUGUGUUUGAAGGAAAAAAUGUCACCUCAAUUUUGUUUACGGUUAAUGCCACGUCACACUGUAUCAUUUUUGCUA